UGUGGGCCUUCUGGAGUGAUUCAGUGAGUCACCUCCGCGUGUCGGUUUGCUACGGACAGAAGCGACUUUAGGAGGUAAAAUAAUCUCUCGGUGAACCUCAGGUUAUUUGCUGAUGGGUUUUGGGUCGCAAGAAAUCUCUUUGAUUUUAAUUUGAUGUCUCCUCAGCCUGUGACAUAA